AUGUAUGUUUGGGUAGCCUCCGAAAGCUCCGCUCGUCUGAAUUUCUUUGGAACACAGAAUCUUGAACGCGAAAUCAAGAUCUGGACCAGAUUAAAUCAUCAGUAUGUAUUGUGCUUGCGUGGCACCGCAACAGGUUUCGGUAUAUUUCGAGCAUUGGUUUCCCCCUGGAUGCCGAACGGGACGUUGAACUUCUAUCUUACUCAUAAGAAUAAAACCCUUGCGGGGAUGGACAGGCUUCACAUUCUUAAACAGAUUACCGAGGGGCUCAAAUAUCUCCACGACAAUGACGUGAUUCACGGCGAUCUGACCAGUAAAAAUGUCCUAAUUGCUGUUGAUGGGUCCCCGCGUCUUGCAGACUUCGGUGUUUCGAAUAUCAUGGUUCAAUCUGACCCGGCAUUCUCCUUCCACAAUGGCGCAGUUUGUUGGGCAGCUCCAGAACUCCUCUUCCCGGAAGGUGAAACCGUGCCAUGUGCCACCAAAUCCAGUGAUAUAUAUGCUCUUGGGUGUAUCAUGCUCGAGGUAUUAUACACCAAAACACCCUACUGGUGGAUCAAGCAAGCCCACCAAGUCAUAGCAUCAAAGUGCAGAGGCCAAGAGCCCAUUUUGAAAGAAAACACCAUACAAAUUCAAAAACAUCAUCUGGAUUUCAUGCAGCAGUGCUGGUUAAUCGACAGUAAGAAUCGUCCAUCAGUGGAGGGGGUACUGGACUUUCUCGAGAGAGCUAUCUCUAACGGGGACCCAUCUACAUAA